AUGCCUCGUCACGGCUCAAAAACGGCAGGCAAGGAGAAACAAGGGCCCUCCUUAAGACGCCCCGGAUCCUCCUCCUCUUCCUCCGGACGGCUCGACGGUCUCAAGCAGCACACAGCACGGGUUAACCUGCUCAACAAUCCGCUGGACCGACGCACUCGCGUUGUCGACAAGCAGCUGCCAGAAGGCCCGGUCGCCAGCGAGAGCUUGAUCGCCUCCGCCGCCCACUUUAGCUUGGCCGCCCCAACCGUCUCGCGCACCAUCCACCGUCUACCCAGAUCGUCAAGCGAUAGAUCUCCUGCGCAUCCGCCAGCUCCAGAUAUCCAACUACCGCCUCCGUCCCAUCCGUCUUCUGCCACAGGAACCGCUCCAUCAGCAGCCAAAAACCAGUCGAUCGGCGCAAGCGUCUACCCAACCACCUUCUCAUCCACCCUCCACCCCCUUUCUGAGGAUGGCAGCAAGCUCAACGACCUCCAGAAGAUCAUCAAUGAUAUCCAGGCGGCUAUGAACAGCAUCAGCUCCACCAGCCACAAGCUGGUCAAACCCAACUCCUCAAACUCAUUAACCUUCCUAUCCUUGCAAGGCAAGAAUUGGGGAGAACAUCUUUGGCAAGGUAGCCAAAUUGAUGCUCUCCGGGCUAAGAUAUUAGCACACUGGACGUAUCAUCUAUUGGGACAUCAAGCCCUCUAUUAUACUCGUCACCAGGGACGGCUUGAUCAAGAUCUUCAAUCUCGGUGUUUCCGGUGA